GAGUAACACGGAAAUAACCGAUUGCCACGUUAGCAAACGUGCAACGCAAACAGGUGCUUGAAUUACAGUCUGUUAUAAGGUUGUUAAGAGCCAAACGGGACAGUUUGCUUCACCAUGGACCUCACUAACAUAUUUAUUGUCUUAUGUACGUUAUGUUUAGUCACAAUAGAUGCCAUAAGAUUCCAUUUAUCACCCAAUCAAAAGAAGUGCCUUCGAGAGGAAAUUCAUAAAGAUGUUCUGGUUACCGGUGACUACGAAGUGUCGGACGCGCCAGGACAGAAAGCAAACCUUAUGGUGACAGAUUCAAAGAGCCAUAUUUUGUACUCCAAAGAAGAUGCUAAGAAGGGCAGAUUUGCAUUUACAACAGAAGAGUAUGAUAUGUUUGAAGUGUGCUUUGAUACAAAAAUGGUUGGAGGCGGCCAAGGAGGAGACAGAGAAAUCUCUCUAGACAUGAAGCAUGGUGUGGAAGCAAAGAGUUAUGAAGAGCUUGCCAAAGCCGAGAAAUUGAAGCCCCUUGAGGUUGAGCUGCGUCGAUUGGAAGAUUUGUCCAAAUCAAUUGUUGAUGACUUCGCCUACAUGAGGGCAAGGGAGGAGGAAAUGAGGGACACUAAUGAAUCAACCCACUCGCGUGUGAUGUACUUCAGCAUUUUCUCCAUGUGCUGCCUCCUGGGUCUGGCGACAUGGCAGGUGCUCUACCUCCGCAGAUACUUCAAGGCAAAGAAGCUUAUUGAAUAAACUCACUUCCUUAUAACCAUCAGAGGCCAGCUCUUGUCCAACACUCUGCCACCUAAUUUUAACUGAAUACUUUUUCAGUGCAAGAAUUGUGAAAAGCAAAACUAGUACCAAAAACCAGAAGCAGUUACAUGGAUCAAUAUCAGACUGAAAAUCUUUUCCUGUAGCUUGAUGAUUCCUCAAUUUUGUGUGAAUAUUUGACAUGCAUGGACAUUUUUGACAGGGUACGUUAUUAUGAAGUGUCAGUAUUAAAUGACAAUGAGUUGAUAUUAGCCCAACUAUUUUAAUCCAUUUUCAAGCUUUAAUAUCUAUUUUGGGUAUGUUUGUUGAACAUAUUGGUAAGUUCAGUGGCAGAGUGGUUGGAGUUACCUGCCUUGUCUGUUUUCAUUUGGACACUGACAUCCACAUUUCGAUUUGGAGUAGAAACAAGUUUAAAUUGUGAUAACUAGGACAUAAAACAAUUGAAGUAAAUACAACCAGUCAGGUAGAUAAUUCCUUUGUCAGAACAAUUGAUUUUUGAACUAGAUGAGAUGUCUGUCCAUCUGAAUUAUUUUUGUACAAGGAUGUCCAAAUAGAAGCCAAGUCAUGUUGGGACUGGAUAAAGUUAUGUAACAGUCUUAAGAAGGAUGUUCAACGUAUUGUCAUGUCAUUCCUUCAUUGCCAUUGCUCAUUGUAUAAAACGUCACUUCAGGAGUCUAGUGGAAUACAGGUUUCUAGGUAUGAUCAUGGAGUUGCAUGGAGAUUGUACAUAUUGUGUAUUCUGAAUUUGUGUUUAAGUUCAUGUGUGGUAUACUUGUUUCAUAAAGAUGGGCAAACACUGCCAGAAGACAUCAGCGCACUUAACACCUAACAGAGUUCUCAUAACUCUCCAUAUAUGACUAAAGGGCUUGUUUCACUAGAAAGGGGACUGCUAUGUUCACUCGUAUGUUAAAAUGAGGUCUGAAGGAACAAGUAGAUAGCUAGUCGACAACACCAAUACAUAAGAUCGGAAGUAAAAUAUUUCAAGAUUACUAUUUUUUGCUUGAAAUAUCCACAGGACAACUUUUUAAAGGCAUACAAAUAACAAAAUGUAUCCCAAUGACAAUUUCACGGAGUAUGAAAUGUAGAAUAAGUACAGAAACAUUCUUCAUAGAGUGUGUACUUUUUUGGUACAAUUGCAACAGAAAUUUUCCCCAGUGCAUUCAGAAAUGUACACAUUUUAUUGCCAACGUGUCCUGUCGUUGACUAUUUCAAUCAAAUUUCGUUGCCGGUAGUUGUUGCAGCCAAAGUCAGAAUGUAGUUAGGUCACUAGUCAUGAAUUCCAGUAUCCAUGUUUUGUUGACAUGUUUUCUUAGUUAUAACCAACUACCUGGUACUAUGCACUCAAGAGAUACAGCUAUUGUUGAUUUCCUUAAGUUUUAUUUGUAUGUAUGAUCUUUUCUCUGUCAAAUUAAAGGUUUUAUUGGUGAUUUCUUUAUGACCAUCACGAUCAGAAUGAAUGUAAGAAAGUAACAUCUAGAUCAACAUUCAACAUGUUCAUUGAUCUAUUUUUGCACCCCUCAUUGUUCAUAUUGAUAUUAAUAACAAUGUUACAAGUAGGCUAAGCUGAAGUGUGAUUUUUGUUACUUUCGUUUGACUGGUAACAUGAACUUAAACAUCUCUGACUUGGCCUAUUACUAACAUGAGUUACUAACCAGAUUAUGUUGAGUGGAUGUAUUGCACCAGUGCUAGCAGUAAUAAUACAAGAAGCUGUAUGAAAACUGCACCUAGCAUUAGAAGUGCUCAGCGACAUGUACAUAUUUGUUUCUUUUAGCCUUUUCUGUAUCUUGAACGUUGUAUUUUAGUUUAAUGCUGGUAAAAAUAUGUCCAUGAAUUAUAAAUAAUAAGAUGAGUUGUUAGCAGUUAGCUCUGCUUUGAGUUUGUAGAUGACGGCAUUGUGAUGUUUCUUUCAGUGUAAGUAUACUCUAUGCAUAUGGUGUGUUUGGUGAGGCUAGGCUUUAGUUAAUAUUUAAGUUAAGCACUGUAUUAUAAGAGCAAUAAAUGUAGUAAAGAAAA